GGGGCGAGCCCGGUGUGGGGCGCGGCUGCCCUGGUCAGAGCGGUCGUGAGGUGGAAAAAGGGUGGUUGGUGUCGGGCUCCUGCGGUUUCGGGACUCUUCGCCUUCUUGAAGACCCCCCACCCUGAGAACUAAGUGAUCUGCAGCGAGACCCACCGGCCCACUGUUCUGCCGGACCUGUUGGAGAUGACUUGUUUCACUGGCAAGCAACAAUUAUGGGACCUAUUUGUACAGGUCACAAAGAUGUUGUGUGUUUUAAAACUCCCUGAUGUCAUCAUGAUCAACUGAAUUAUGUUGGAAAAUCCUACUCUUUGCAUCUGCAAAGAGAUACCACUUCUUAAGCCUGAUAGUGCAUAUCAAGGGGGAGUAUUUUUUCUCACAGUACACUUUCCAACAGACUAUCCUUUCAAACCACCAAAGAUUGCUUUUACGACAAAAAUAUACCACCCAAACAUAAACAGUAAUGGGAGUAUUUGUCUUGAUAUCCUGAGAUCACAAUGGUCACCAGCUCUGACUGUAUCUAAAGUUCUAUUGUCCAUAUGCUCCUUACUUUGUGAUCCUAAUCCAGAUGAUCCUUUAGUACCAGAUAUUGCACAGAUCUACAAGUCAGACAAGGAAAAUUUGUUGCAGUUGCGGAUGGCAGGAAGCUUGGGCCUUUCAUUCCAUAGUUUAGACUGCAUGAUUUCCAAAGGGUUCCAUGGAUGAAAUACUACAUGUGUGAGAUUUUUCCAUUUUUGCCGCUUUCUGCUUGAUGUAGCAGCUACCUGCUUAUCCUGGGCUUACAAACUUUUUCAGAAAAUUUUCCUUUCAAGUUCUGAAAUACAGAUGGCAGUGCAGAAUGGAGAAUAAAGCAUGACUAAAAAUAAAACAAACAAACAAACAAAAACCCAAACCCACUGUGUCUUCUGUCCCCACCCUUUCCAAAACCAGUUAAUUAUACUGAAUUUUACGCAGCUAAAAAGUAUGAAUUUUGUUAGACUGUUAAUAGUUACACAUUUAGGAAUAAUUGACAACAAAUUCCUGUUAAGAUACAAAUCAGAUACGAAUAUACCUUUUAAUACUAACUUGUGAGACUGGUUUUCAGUUUGAGUAUAAGUAUCUUUGAUAGGUAACCUUAAACUGAGUGUACAGUGAGUAUAUAUUUCUUGGCUUUUAGACUAUUUUAUUAUUGAGUCAAUGCUAAGAGGUGAAAAGCUCUUAUGUGUGUUAAGUGAAUGUGUGGCUAUUGCCAAUGUAUCGCUAACAGCUCUUCACUGUAAUGCCUUCUUUCUGCACGUACAGAUACAACAGACAUGCAAGAGAAUGGACUCAGAAAUAUGCAAUGUAAACUUCUGAAGACUUUUUCAUAUACCAGAGUACUGUAAAUUCUAGGGUUUUUUUCAAAAUUAGAAGGAAAUGGAGCACAGGUUACUGUUUCAACGUAUCAUGAUGCGCCUUGAAUUUUUUUCAACCAUGUAAGUGUGUUUCUGGAGCAAGGGAAAACCAACUUCCAAAAAUAACCUUCUGACUGUGAUAAGAAUAUUUAUCCUCUUUGUAUGCUUUGCAGGAGACAUUUAAUAUGGUUUUUAAGAGUUGGGCAUCUUCAGACUACAAGUUCCAUAGUGCAGUCAUAAAGCAACCAAAUUAUUUUUGCUGGAAAAAAAGUAGCUGGUUUUAUGUGAUGAAUACUGUAUGUGUGUCCUUUAAAGUAAGUUGUCUGUUUUGUGUGUUCAAAUUUCAUUUUGUUAGUUCACUUAUGUAAUUUGUAUUUUUUUAUUGUAUAGACUAAAUAUUUUAUUUACCAUGUAAGUCGUUUCAUUUUAGACUUACUAGCUUGUGCACAGUAUUGACAAGAUACAACUGCUAGUAAUGAAAAUAAUUGGAGUAUCCCACCUGUUAGGAUAUUCUAAAGACUGACUGCAGAUUUCUUAAAACCUAAAAUUAUCUUUGCACUGUAAUUCUUUAUAUGCUGAUUAUGGAGAAACACUUGGUUUUGAUUCUGUUGCAUACUUGACUUAAUUUUAUUGCAAUGUGAACUAAUUGCACUGCUAUGUAGAAAGAUAUGUAACCGUUUUGUUGCUAUUCACAACUGAUUUUUGACAUGUGGGCAACAUAACACUACCACAGACCUUUUACAAAUCUAAAUGUAGCCUUUUCCAUAUAAAUAAAAUGCAUUUUCUACUAUU